GCGCGCGCGACCGCGGGGCGCGGAGGCCGCAAGUCCGGGACUUGCGUGUCGGGACCCGAGGGAGUGGUCAGAAGAACAAUGCAUAUAAGUCUUUGAUAUCAUGAUGUACCUCCGGCAAAGGAAAGAGAUAAAAACCAUUGAACUUUCUGAGGGUUUCCCAGCACAAGAAGAAAAUGGGAAGUUGGAAAACAAAUUGCCAACUGGUUGUACCAAUAGAAAAUUCUGGAAGAUUCUGUCCUUUACGAUCGGUGGCACCAUUGCCCUGUGUAUUGGACUUCUUACAUCGAUCUACCUUGCAACCUUACAUGAGAAUGACUUGUGGUUUUCUAAUAUUAAGGAAGUGGAGCGAGAAAUCUCAUUCAGGACUGAAUGUGGACUGUACUAUUCUUACUAUAAGCAGAUGCUGCAAGCACCAACCCUCACACAAGGUUUCCGUGGCUUAAUAUAUGAUAAUAAAACUGAAUCUCUGAGGACCAUUAACCUCCUUCAGCGAAUGAAUAUUUACCAAGAGGUUUUUCUCAGCAUUUUAUAUAGAGUUCUACCAAUUCAGAGAUACUUAGAGCCCGUUUACUUUUAUAUUUAUACCUUAUUUGGACUCCAAGCAAUCUAUGUCACAGCCCUCUACAUCACCAGCUGGCUCCUUAGUGGCACCUGGCUGUCAGGACUAUUAGCAGCCCUCUGGUAUGUCACAAACAGGAUAGAUACCACAAGAGUUGAGUUCACCAUCCCACUGAGGGAGAACUGGGCACUGCCAUUCUUUGCAAUUCAGAUCGCAGCAAUUACUUAUUUCCUAAGGCCAAAUUUACAGGCUCUUUCCGAAAGGCUGACGCUUCUUGUGGUCUUCAUAUCAACUUUCCUCUUCAGUCUGACCUGGCAAUUUAAUCAGUUUAUGAUGCUAAUGCAAGCAUUAGUGCUAUUCACCCUCGACUCCCUGGAUAUGCUACCAGCUGUAAAGGUGACCUGGCUGUAUGGGAUCCAGAUAGCAGGCUUACUCCUUGUCUGUGUCCUUCAGUUUUUUAACUCCAUGAUUCUGGGAUCCUUGCUUAUCAGUUUUAACCUGUCAGUGUUAAUUGCAAGAAAAUUUCAGAAAAACCUAAAAACGGGGACUUUUCUUACUAGGAUUGGGAAACUUCUGCUACAUUUACUUACAGUUUUUUGUUUGACGCUUUUUCUCAACAAUGUUAUUAAGAAAAUGCUUAACCUGAAGUCAGAUGAACACAUAUUUAAAUUUCUAAAGGCAAAAUUUGGGUUUGGAGCAACAAGGGAUUUUGAUGCAAAUCUGUAUCUGUGUGAAGAAGCAUUCGGCCUGCUGCCUUUUAACACUUUUUCAAGGCUGUCAGAUACUCUGCUCCUCUAUGCCUACAUCUUUGUGCUCUCCAUCACUGUGAUUGCUGCCUUUGUCGUUGCCUUUCACAAACUCAGUGAUUCUGGAAUCCAAGAGCAGGAGGGUAAGAUGGGAAGAUGCUCCAUUGACCUGAAGCCAGAUACUGCUUACAACCUAAUACACACUGUGCUGUUCGGAUUCUUGGCAUUGAGUACAAUGAGAAUGAAAUACCUCUGGACCUCUCACAUGUGUGUGUUUGCUUCGUUUGGCUUAUGCAGCCCUGAUAUCUGGGGGUGGCUUCUGAAGUCCGUCCGUCUUCAUAACCCAAAAGGGAUCUGCGUCAUACGAUACUCCGUUCCAGUGUUGACACUGCUCUACCUGUGCUAUAAGUUCUGGCCAGGAGUGAUGGAUGAGCUCUCUGAGUUGAGAGAAUUCUAUGACCCAGAUACAGUGGAGCUGAUGACCUGGAUUAACUCUAACACUCCCAGGAAGGCGGUGUUUGCUGGCAGCAUGCAGCUGCUGGCAGGCGUGAAACUCUGUACGGGAAGGACCUUAACCAACCACCCACACUACGAAGACAAUGGCCUUCGAGAGCGGACCAAAGCGGUUUAUCAGAUCUACGCCAAGAGGUCCCCUGAGGAUGUGCACGCACUCCUGAGGUCCUUCGGUGCAGAUUACGUCAUCUUGGAGAACAGCAUCUGCUACGAGCGCAGGCACCGCCGGGGCUGCCGCCUGCGGGACCUGCUGGACAUCGCCAAUGGACACGUGAUGGACGGCCCAGGAGAGAACGAUCCAGAUCUGAAAGCUGCAGACCACCCUCGCUUCUGUGAGGAGAUCAAAAGGAACCCACCUCCCUACGCAGCCCACUUCACUAGAGUAUUUCAGAACAAGACCUUCCAUGUCUACAAACUGUCCACAAACAAGUAGUGGAGAUUCCUGCCCAGUCUCUCGGUUUUUUCCUCACAGGAGACUGCAGGGGGCUGAGGCUCUGUGGCCCGGGCUUCCUGUGAGAGGCAGUCUCUGGUGACUUGAGAUGUCCUACAAGUAUUACACAGUGUCAGCGUCUUCAGAAGCAUCUUCCAACAGGCUUUGGGCGCUUUCCUGUCUUGUGUCUCUUUGUUCCAUGUUCUUUUUCUGGGUCCAGAUUUGAAAGGCAUUUCAUUUCAGGCUGAGAAUCUUCACUUUGGUCCACUCUGGUGGAAUGGGAUUAACAGGAAGAAACGUUAAGUUAUUUAACAGGAACUCACUAGAGAAGAGCAGUUGGUGGCUUUUUACAAAACUCUUUUUUUUUUUUUUUUAGCCAGGCUCCCAGUGACUCAUGCCUG